AACACGGGUUCAUUAAAAUCUCGCCAAAAUAUUUUCAUCAAGGAAAAGCGUUGAAAAUAUAGCAAAAAUGUACACGGAAGUGGACGUUUUUGUUAGUAACUACACUCUGAUAGACCCUGAGAUAUAUCAGCUGUGGAUAGAAGGAUGUUCUUCAAGUGAAGCGGUGUCCACUCUUCACCAGCGGGCACUGUCCAAACAGACCGGAGCAUCUGUGGAGCUCAUAGCCAGCGAUGUAUUGGAUCAUUACAGGACGUUCGCUCUUCUCGAGCGGCUGCUGACGGUACCAACGAAGCUAUCGGAACAGAUGAUCUUCCAAAUCGAUGAGCAGACCAAACACAUGCUUAUUGAGAAAUAUUAUGACUUGGACGACUCCGUGAUAAGGGAACUUCUCGGACGCAAGCUGUCGUCGAGACACCGGAAGGAUUUAGAUGAGGUGGCUGAGAAGUCAGGCGCGCCCCUGCGGUGCUGCCGACGGCAGUUCGACAACGUGCGCCGCGUGUUUAAGACGGUUGAGGAGAUGCCUGGUAACGUGGUCGCUAACAUACGCACCGCCUUCCUGCUCUCCGACCCGCUGGCCAAGAAAUACGGCGCGGUGGUGUUCAUUGCAUGCAUGAGGUUCGAGACGGCGAAGCGGAAACUGCAGUAUCUAUCCUUCAACGAUUACUAUCAUUGUGCACAGGCUAUAAUGGGCAGUUGGACAUAUUGCUGUACCGGUCCGGAGUACUACGAUACAGAGAUGGACAGAGAGUUCCUCUUGGAGCUGAGAGAGCUGAGGAUACUGCUCGAUAAGGAGAAGGAGCAUAAACAUUUAUGCUGUAUGCGGCUAAAACCAAAACUUUUAGAGAAAUCAUAUCAAGAAUUGGAACUGAACUUCAGACUCUACACACGAGCCCUGGUGGGGCUGGCAUGCAACUUGCACAGAGGCAGAGAGCUGCGGUCGCUGUUCAUUGACUUGUUGGAGAGGUGUGUGGAGCCCCUCCGGCUGGGCUGCUGGCCCAAGACGGACCUGGCGCAGUUCCUGGCGGCGUACGAGCAGUGCGCGCUGCAAAUGGACGUGCUGAGGGAGGCGGACCUCAAGAGUGUCUGGGAGCGUUAUAUGCGCGUCAUAAGCAGCUGUUUACUUACUAUGUAUCAUACUUAGAUUAAUUUACUAUAACGAAGCGCUAAUUACACUUGCCAAUCCAUCGUACCCAUGCGUCAAAAACACGGGCGCAGCGAUCAGGAUCGUGUGGUCUUAUAGCAAAUUGGUCUUAGUUUAGUUGGUAGAAGCUUGCAGUCGUAAGCUUCUACUUAAUAACCCUAUUUAACGCAGCAUGAUUUGAUUGACGAUACGGCUCACCACUUAUCACGUUGGUAUCUGGUCCGAACCAUGGUAUAGGAAAACCAGGUAUGCUCAAAACUGACAGCUAACAUUUCAAGGUUAGCCCAGCUGACGUCAUCCCGCCCUGUGUUGCCAUUUCGUAAAACAAAUUACCCACGACCAAUUUUUUUGAUUUACUUUGCAAGGCAAUUUUUAACUUCUAGUAAAAGGUUUACUUACAGUUUUAAUGGUUUUUAUAUAUGUGACAAGUAAUAGUAAUUAAACAUAUUAGUCAGUAAUUCGCUCAAUUUUCAAUAAUAAAAUUUACGUCCUUGGAAUGUUGGAGAUACCAAUUGAAUGGUAACACUUACGUCAUCAAGGGCUAGCAAUGGCGGCUUGUCAUAAGAUUCAGCAUAUCUGGUUUUCUUAUACCAUGGUUUUUACUAAGAAGACUAUACAUUCGAUGCGGCUCUGCCCACCCCUUUAGUGACAACAGGCGUAAUUUUAUAUGUGUGGGAUAUUAUUCGAUUUAAAUACCCGCCAGCACCAAAAACCUUAAAAGGUGAAUUUAUUACUAAGUCAAAUCUUUCUAUUUAUAAUGCUGUCUGUAAAAGUUUCAUACAUGUAUUGCUGUAUGUGUACGUAAAUAAAUAAAUAAAUAAUUUCUUGUUCUGUCCAGCCUGCAAGUGUUUAAGCGUGAAGAAUAAUAUCUAAUAGGCGUCUAUACCUUUGGAAAAACUUGAUAUGACCGUACGAGCUAUUAACACCCUUAUUACAUAAUAAGGUUCAUAGCUACUCGAGGUUUAAUUUGCUAUGUACAGAACUAUAAAAUAAAUACUACUACCACUAACUACUACUGUAUGUACUAUAUCCUCUGCCGAAGGUUGUCUGGGUGAGAUCGCUCUUAGCGAUAAGGCCGCCUUUGCCCACCUUAGAAUAAUUAAAGCACAUAAUAACGGGUUCUUACCGCGUUUAGCUAAAGCGUAAAGCUUAAAACGGCCUAAUGUGGUGACAAAACGUGUGGACACAGUGAGUGCGGUUUGUCGUAGUGAGUUUGGUGCGAGUUCAGAUGGUUCCGAACAUUCCGACAUCAAAUACAUAAACAAGCGGCAAAGAAAGAGGGUAGACAGAUAUGUCUGCCCGUAGAAAAUUAUGGAUCUACCUACUCCACUCCAAUCUCAUCAGUCAUCCCGUGAUCAUGGCACUUGCAACAGUGUCGAAAUAUCGGGAGUCUCAUAUCCCUAUUUCAAACGCGGUAAGAACCCGUUAUUGUGUGUUUUAAUUAUGAUAAUAUCCGCGUAAACAUCUUAGAAUAAGUUUAUCCUGGAAAUGUUUUGUAAAUUUGUGUGCAAUGAAGUGUUUUAUAAUUAUUAUAAAUAAAUAAAUACAUAAAAUAACACGUCAUCAAAGGGCUAGUUGGUGGGGAGUAACCAUGGAAACCACGAGCUGGUGUACCAGUGUCGACUUUCCCAAAUUCGAUAUGACUGACGCAUCAGUCAAGGAUUAGGCAAUGUAAUUACCGUUCAAUAGUGUCGUGUAUGGUGGAGCAGCGUGGUGGAGUAUGCUCCAUACCCCCUCCGGUUGAUUGAGGGAAGCCCUGUGUCCAUCAGUGGGACGUAUAUAGGCUGUUGGUUGAUGGUUGCGAUGAUUGCGAGUGUGGAGUGUCACCACUAACUAUGGCUCACCUUUUGUGCUGUCCUAAAUGUAACACCUGCACUAUUAAAGACCUUUACGAAGCCACUGACAAUGCCUUAAGCGUGGCCAAUUAUUGGUCAGCAAAAAUUUAGUUUCGAUCGCCAUCGACUCUCAAAGAAGAAGAUAGGCUGUUUAUGUUUUUUUUUGUAAACAUUUUUCUAUAAGAACUAGGUAAUUAUGAAUAUUACGAAUACGCGCAAAAGGGAAUGGCUCAGCUUGUGCUGUGAUGGAGGCAUGCAUGCGCUGGUUUUCAGUCAUUCUUCUUCCUGGGAUAUUGUAAUAAUAUGACUUCAUAACCCCGAUACCGACCCCGCCGGCGUGGUGAUUUCCCUCAUUCAUUGUUUACCACUAUCAAUCCACUAGGGUCUAUUCUUUCAUAUGUUUAUAUGACUUAUUUGACGUUGGUCUAACAGAAAGUUCGGUGAGGUGUGGGUACUUAGUUCAUCUUGCGAUGGAUGUACCUCUGACUACCCCCAUUGGGAUAUAGACGUGAACUUGUUUAUGUUAUGUUUAUUGUUCAUUUGUGACGCGUGAGUUUUGUCUGUCUGUAUUAAAUCAUUGACUAUUUCCUUUGGGGUAGGCAGAAAGGACACACUUGUAUUUUUUUUAAUUUGACAAUCAGAAAUCAAUCAUGUAAGAUUUAAUUAAUAGAGUAUCAGUGCUGGUUCCUGGGGGGUUAAAAUGGCCACAUUAAAGCAAUUCAUCUAAGACAGCAAUAUUGCAAUUUGACAUUUGUUUGCAUUGCGCACUUACUUUUAUAUGCGCAAAUGUCAAAUUGCAAUAUUGAUUUUUUAGAUGAAUUGCUUCGAUGUGGCCAUUUUAACCCCCCUGUACACACCAUUUAAUUUUAUUUUACGUUAUACCCGUCAUUUUCUUAUCCGCCGAAAACAAAAGGGACGGAUGAUUGACAGCUGUUAAUUUUAAAAAUGAAUGAAUUUAUAACCGGGGCGAAUCAAAUAGGCAUCUCGCCGAUAUGCAACCCAUUAACGUGUGCUGUCAACUUAAUUCUGUCAGGUUAUUGGCGAAUGUAAAAUUUUAGGUUUAAAUUUCUGUCUAAAAUUGACGCGUUUUGCAUAAAUUUUAUACCUGUCGAUUACCCGUCCCUUUCCUUUUCGGCGGAUAAGAAAAUGACAGGUAUAACUUAACCUCUCAUCUGCCGGAACGCGGAUCUCGCCCAGACACAAUGUAAAAUCUAUUGUGUCUGGUAUCUCGGCAGAUGAGAGGUUAAAAUAAAAUUAGAUUGUUUAUUUAUGGAUUUUUAUAGGUAUCUAUGUUAUGUUAUGUUAUUAAUAUUAGUUAAUAAAAUCUAAAUUAUUUCAAAGAAAAUAUUGUACUUAUCCGAAUGUUGUUUGUAAUAUGAUAAAUGGUUUUGGAUGUUAAA